AUGGCGAAUAAUUCUAGUGUUGACCGCGACAAUAAGCUCGCAGCUCUUAACUCUGCUACCCUAGGCGCCGAGAUGCCUCAAAUAACACUCCCGGAUGGCAGCAAAGUACAAACCGGGACUAUGGGUGCUCUACUCAUAAACAUACGCGCUUACAACGAAGCGCAUAAAGUUGAAGACAAAGAUAAGAAGGCGGAACUAGAGGAGUCGAUGCGCGCAACGCUGCCGCUUUUGGAUAAAGUUGGCAUGUUCGAACUUUUCCCGGCGGAGGAGUGGAUUUCAGGGAACAACGAGGGUCGGAAGGUCGUGGGCCAAAUGUAUCAAGAAUUCAAGUCACGGCAGUAG